GCUCGCAACACGAAUCAUGGCUGUCGUCUGGUGGCUCUUCGCCUUGGUCCUCAUCACGUCCUACACUGCCAGCCUUGCGUCACAGAUAAUCGCUCAGCACUUGCAGGCUCCCCUCAUACAGAGCAUCGGAGACCUCUCGAAGCAGUCCAAGAUCAACUAUGGCUGCGUCACCAAGAGCGUCACGAGAGGGCUUUUAAAGGAGUCUGCUGACCCGCAUUUGCAGAGGGUCUGGUCAACAAUGGAAAUGUCCGGGCCACAUGCUUUUCUUCGACUCGGUGUCUACUGCUGUGGUAAAGGUACGCGAAGAGGGCUUCGCCGUUCUCAUGGACUCGCAAACCAUCGAGUACCUGGUGGCCCACGACUGCAGUCUCGUGCAACUGCCAGGUCGUCUUGAAACCGGUGGUUUCGGCUUCGCCAUGCCUCAAGGCUCCCCGCUAAGGCAUCUAUUCACCAACAAAAUCCUACAGCUUCAGGAGAACGGCACACUGCGUGCCUUGCGUCAGCGGUGGUGGUCGUCGAUGCACGACGUCGACCCCGGUGCCGACCGUCGUUGCAACCCCACCGUAGACGGCAGCAGCUCAGCGGCCGGAACUGCAAGCGGAAGCGGAAGUGGCAGCAAGGACACCAUGGGCAUCCGUGGCCUCCUGUUAGUCCUGGGCAUUGGUUGCCUCGUCUCACUGCUGGUGGUGGUCGCCGAGUGCCUCUGGAGGUUUCGGUGUUCCUCGAAGAGGAGAAACCAGGGUCCCAGAUGGAGGAAAAAACGGCGAAGCAUACCGCCGAGCCUGUCCUUACAGGAAUCAAACCUCAUCAUCCUGGAUCCUCCCAAGGAGUUCCAAGAUGAUCACGAAAGCUGUCCAAUGACGUCGUACAAAUGCGAAACGCUCACGUAGCAGCUCUUGUAGACAAGACAAACGGACUGAUGUUUAAAAAAAGAAAAAAAAAAUAGCUUGCGAAUGUUGUUGACAAAUAUUUCUCUCUUCUUUGUCGACCAUUAUUGUUAAAGGGUAUCGUUAUUCGAAUGUAUGUGCGAAAGUGUUAGAGAUUGAAUGAAUAGCAUAUUAUUCUGCAAAUAUGGCUUGUGUUACCGGUUUACUCCCUGUAAGACGAACUAUGCUCAGAUUUAUCCGUCGUAGUGUUUGCUGCACACAACACUUGGUGCGCCAAGAGGAAUGGCCUGUCUUUUUUUUUAUUU